CCAUCGGAUCUGGAUACCAAUCAACUGGUCUGGUUCGCAUCCAACGGGUCCACUAUUCCCACCAAACCAAUAGUGUACAACUCUCAAACUGGCGAGGUGACCAUUCACCUGGACGUGCCUUAUGCCUCUGUGGUCAGUGGACGAGAACCAAUAAGUGGUUACUUUGUUGGUAACAGUCCGGUGCUUAAUCCGUUCUGGACUCCAAUGCGAAAACCGAAACUGGUUGAUUCCAGGGCAGAUGAAGUGACCACCAAAGAUGUGAUCCCGCCGGAACCUGAAGUGCGUGUUUCAUUCAUGCAACCGUACACCAUCACAGUUGGAGUCGUUCCGGGAAAGUCACCCAUUCAUGUUAUCUGGACACGCAUUGGUCGACUGCCGGAAGACCUCACUGCAGUAGGUGAGCCGGUUCCCAGUACUUUACCCGAAGGCAUGACCCAAGAACGAACCAAUUUGCAAAUCUGGGCAGGAACAGAGCAGCACGAAGGUGUCUAUCAGGGUGUGGUGGUUCGUGACAGUGACGGCACGGAGCUGACACGGUUCAAUGUGACUGUCCGCGUAGAUCCGAUCGUUCCGGAUAGCACAGUGGUCCUCCCGCCCGGACAAGCUGAAGACUUGCCAGAUAAAGUCGACAACGUGACGUCGGUGACACCGAAACCAGGAACAACGUGGGAUUUUGUUGUACAAGGAUUUACUCCAGAUGCGGAACACUGUGAACACCCAACAUGGGCCAUGGUGGACUAUCAAACGAAUACAAUCACGGAUGUGACUGAAAGAGUGCAUCGCCUGUCCCCAAGUAAUUUCCGAGUGGAAUAUCCACUGACCAGUGGCAUAUUCCUGCGAUUCCAAUGCCAACCGGUUCCAAGAACCAACCUUACUGGUGAAAUCAAGUUCAAUAUUUCUUCUCCCGAUCCGAGAAUUGUAUUCCAAACGGUCUACGAUGACACUAAUUCCACUUUCCCGACCAGGCUGAUCUGUUUGGAUUUGAAUCCUAAUCGUCCAUCAAGUGUGAACAUCAGUGCGGACUCGAUGACCGCAGAGCGUAUCAAAAAUGCGCUUUCCAUUAUAAAAACCGACAAAGUGCACACGCUUGGCGAUGUCCCUAUCCGGCAAGUGGUGCUUGACUGGAGACGGAUUGGGGAAUUCGAUCCGUUCAACGACGCCGGAAGUUUCACGUGUUUCGUGAAUAACAGUGAAACGAGUGGAUCGAAGACUCUCAUCCUGCCCAGCGAUGAAGUUCCCGGGAUAGUUCAAAAGGAUCCGUACACUCGCGUCUACAUUUACUCACCGGAUAUUCAUGUCGGACCGGAGGACGAUGGACUGCACUCGGCGACUGUAAACGAGGGACAAAAACUGCGGCUCUACUGUGUCUAUGAUUCUCGUCCUCUGGGUGACUUCCAUGGAUGGCGUACAGAUUCCGACCCGAUUCAGCAGGCCAUGCAUUUCGAACAGAGGAGUUACUCCGCUUUGGCUUCCACGAAUUCGGUAACCAAGGCUAUGGACGAACAAAUUUUGGAGUGCAGUUUCGGGGAGCGUGCAAAACGUGUCAAGUUGAACGUAAUUCCGGAAGGUGAAACACGAAUCAAUGUCCGGGUGAUCACCGAUGACCUGGUCGAUGAGCGCAUUGUGGGCACCACAGGAACCAAUGUGAAUCUGACUUGCGCUGUAGACCAUGUACAAGGCAAACCAAUUGAUAUCGACCGUAUCGAUUGGUUUGUGCAGUACUCAUCCGGUCGAAGGAAGAAAGUCACCGAUAGCAAUUUUGCCGAGGAGAUUGUGGUCACCAAUAACGGUCGCCAGAUUCACUUCAAUCGCAUUUCUCGAAAACCGAGUGGAGCAAAAAUAUUUUGUGUUGUUCGUCCAGUGGACACACCAACAGCGAUGGAUGCAUACUACCCGUCUCCGAUGGUAGAAUUCUGGGUACGUGAGCCUAAAUGGUCUGCAGCAAUCGAACCGACACAUCGUCCUGGAGUAGUACAAGGAGUGGAAGCACAAACGCUGCAUCUGAAGUGUGCUGUGAAAGAUCUCUGGCGUCAAAAACCAGUUCGUCAUCCUCAGAUUACGUGGGAGACCAGAGUUCGACCUGUUUCCGGAAUCGAUGACACCAGACAGCCGUCAAGUUAUGAGAUUCCAUGGUUGGGAACACGUGAAGACAAUGGAAUGCUCAUGGUAGGUGGUGUUCGACUUCGAGAAGAAUGGUUGGGUGAGUUCCGCUGUCGAGCCCAUGACCCAGUGUCCAAUGCUUCAGCGGAAUCCGAAUGGGUUCAAUUAGAGGUUCUUGUCGGAGACACACUUACACGGAUACCCAAAAUACGUCUGGAGGCUAAGUCCAGCCCGGAAUUUCCCUACUAUCCAACGCGAGUGGAUUGUAUUGAUGAUAACACAGAAAUCCCUUCGGAAGUGACAUGGACCAGACAAGAAUCCACAAUUCCACAGGAGAACGUACAACUGAAACCGAAUUCGGCUCGUCUGAUCUGGACUCACGACGGUGUGGAGAAGUUCGAUCCGCAGAAACACGCCGGUGUCUAUGUAUGUCGUGCGACCAACGCGUAUUCAUCCAGUGUGAAACAGUUCUACCUGCCGCAAGAUAUGAUGCCCGAAGAACCCAUCCCGAUUUCCGAUCACAAAAUUGAGAUAACUUCGGACGUGAAUCAGAUUUUCCUUGAAAACGCAGAUCGAUACACCCGAGUGAUUCAGGGCAGUCCGUUUGAACUGUUGUGUACAUACUACGGUCAUCCGGCACCGGCUGGUGGUUUGCAAUGGACCGUGGAACGGAUCAAUGAAAUGGGCCAGUCCGCUGGGUCUCCGUCGAUCGCCAUGCUCGGACUACGUGUGCAAUCUGGACGUCGAUACUGGUCGGAAAUUGGAACACCCAAAUUCGAUGCGAUGGGCAAGCACGCCGGGGUGUACCGAUGCGAGGCACUGUCACAAGAUGGUCGUGUGAUUAAACAAAGCCUGAUUCGAGUCGAGUUGCAUAAAGUCAACGUGCGCAUACAAGAAUUAACCGAUGCUGGUCUCAUCGAAGGAACUGAGGGUGACAUUGGAGAGAUUACAUGCAAUGCUUACGAUCGUUCUGGACGUACUCUAAGCUACUACAGCCUCGACUUGAACUUGACUUUGUGUCGUGUGCCCGAAGAUGAUUCAAUAGUGAUAGGUGUGCCCUGGGAACUGGAACGUAUGAACGGUGACCGAGUCAAUCCGAACUCGUUAGCAUCCAAAGUCAUCAUUGAUGGGAACCGAAUCCAGUAUACAGACAUAAGCCCGGUUGCAAACGGAUUUCGUGCUCGCUGUAUUGUGCACAAUGACACUGCGCGAUAUGUCUCACCCGAUUUCGGAUUCCGAAUACGGGCAACCUCAAAAGGACCUGUGCUUCGACCGGACACGGAACCCGGAGUUCCUAGACAAGUUCCCGGAGACGGCCGCGAAGGUGUCAUUCUUGUCGUACACGGUGUAAACAAUGCAACUGGUCACAUAAGUCUUACCGACGGACAAAAUGCGAAUCUCACUUGUACAGCCAUGGACCCAGUUACACUAAAAGCAUUCCCUGGUGGUGAAUUCUACUUUGGCUGGCGUAUGACGGGUUUGGAUGGCGAGACUGUAUCACCAGGCUUGCUAGCCGCAGGUUCGGUGAACUCCUUCGUGUCGGAAGAUAAGACAACCGGAAUUUUGCUGCUCGAGGAUGUCAAACAGUCGGAGCAGGCACCACGGCCGUCUGCACAGAUUCAAUGUUUGGCCACGCACAGAGCUGACGGUGUGACUUAUUAUACGAAACCGAUUGACUUUGUUGUCUAUCCUCCCGGUGUAGACCCGGACCCCGAAGCGGAAAAGAAAGAACGAGCGGAACGAAGUCGUAUGAACGUUAAAAUCCAAGGCUUGGAUGACAGGGGUAUGCUGUCGGCAACGCAGGGAGCGACGAGAACAUUGAAAUGCAUUGCUACUGAUAGUAGAACAAACCUGCCAGUGAAAGAUGAUGUGGAAAUUGCUUGGGAAUUCUCGCGUUUAGACGGAACCUCGGUUGACACGGGAGCACUGCUGGAUCCCGAAUCCGGAUCUAUAGAAUUAGAUGCGAACGAGAUCACGCUGGCCGGUUUGAGACAGACCAGCUCUGUACGUGGACGAUGUCGUGUCCGGCCACUGGAUGAAGAACGAGAGGCGAGUGAAAGUGAACCGAAAACAGCCGAGAGGAAAUUUUAUUCACCGUAUUUCCACUUCGAUGUGACCGAUCACGGAGAGGCAGGCACAAGAGACUUCACGUCACCCACGGAUCCUGAAACCGGUGAAAAGUUGUGGGAUGUUGAAGUCAAGGUCAGUGGAUUGGACGAAAAUGGUCACUUGACAGGUUCUCCGGGUGAUGAUGCGGAAAUCUAUUGCAAGGCAUUCAAUAUGACCUCAGAAGAUCCAAUCACAGAACAGUCAAAACACUAUACAGUACAUUACGGUUGGGAAUUCCAGCGUCUGAACGGCCAACCUGCUACAGCUCAAGAUGUUGCUCAUGACAUGAAAAUUGACUCAAAGAGUAGCACACUGAAAUUGAUCGAUCUGCGAACACAGACAGCGGCUAACCGAACACAGGCCAGGUGUGUGGUAGAGUUUAUCCGGAAACCGAUAGAUGAACCAUUUGCGAUGCCGAUCAAAAAAGGUAUUCGUAUGGCUAGCAAAUUCUUCGUGAUCAACGUUCCACCGAGUGAUGAAGUGGUCUCGGAAGACUUUGAUCCCGAUCGCUCCCGAUAUGAACUGACUGUGCGCGGACUGAACGACUUCGGUGCGUUACCGCUGCGUCAAGGUCAGCCUGUCAAACUGGAAUGUGUUGUACGAGGUAAUGAUGGUCGAGUACGCGUAGAGGUACAGGAAAUCGGUACAACGCAUGAUCGAAAAUACACAUGUGCUGCUUACAAUGUGAAAACUGGAAGCCGAUUAACUGACGUUGCCUAUGAGUGGGUCUUUACCGCCGCGAAUGAUGAAGAGGUGCAUCCGGGCUACUUCUUCAGUUCUAUCGAAUCUUCAGGCAAUCAGCUGAGCGUAAGCCAACGUCAACGGGCCCUGAGGUUGCCGGAACAUCUUCGCGAUCAAUUUCCGAUUGAAGGUCGUUGCUUAGUCCUCUAUCAACCGUAUGCGGGUGACCUAAAUGGUCCGCAGAAGAUCAAUGUGUACCAAUCCAGUCCGUUCGUUCUGAUUCACCCGACAUCCACAGAUCCCGACAAAAUGAUCACUCGUCCAGAUCCAUUACGUGAAGGUAAAAGAUCAGGUUUUGAACGGUACUAUUUUGUAGCCUUGGGGGGCUUCUCGGAAGCAGCUCGAGACGAUCGCGUCUUGGUAUACGUGGAUGGCGUUGAUCGGGAUUUGGUAACUGUCCCGGAGGGUGGANCUCACUUGCAAAGCUAUAGUUGCACCACGGAUUUUUCAUUUCCUUGCUCUCGAUUCCUCCAUCUCGUCAUCCAAUGCACAACAGACGUGAAAACAUCUGAGCCGAUUGAUGGACUAGUGUACUCAUGGGAAGUUCAACAACGAGAUGGAUCUCCGAUAGAUACUGGUUCACUUGCGAAAAAAGCCACUCUGGUUCAAGGACCUGGUGGACAUCAGUUAACUUUGGUCGGAAUAAGACUGAGAGCAGCUGGUUUACGCGCGCGUUGCCUGGCCAAGAAUCCAGCAGGUCAAAACACAACUGAAUCACUGCCGCUCAGACCAGGUCAGCAAGUGUCAUCAAACUUCUUCGAUUUUGAUGUAAGUCGGACAGUUCAACCGGGUGCCGAAGGUGCCGAAUCGGACUUUUCAGGAUACAAAGAUUUCGCUGUUGAUGACGAUGAUACACGCUACAAAGUUGUGAUUGGAGGUCUCACAGAAGAUGGGCGUCUGAAAGCCAAGCAAGGCGAAGAUGCUACACUGGAGAUCAAGACACUUGACACUGUUACCAACGAGGUAUCCUCAAUCAGCUCCGAUCCAACAAUCACACAUUUCGGAUUGGAAACCAGAUACGAAAAUGGACAAUCCGCACCGUUUUCCACACUGGCAGAAUCGAUCACUAUUCACGGCGAAGAUGGUGUGGUUAAUCUGAAGGGUCUACGGGGUGAAACCAGUCCGCCCACACAAUUCCGUGUUGUUGUUGAACGUGAAGUGGACCUACCCAAACCAGAUCCGCAAACGGGCGCUCAAAAGAAGAUUAUCCGUAUUGCCUCGGACUACGUGGAUGUAGUUAGCCUCAAAGAGGGUGAAGAAGACAGACCAAUAAAACCAAAGGAUCCGAUGGCAGAAAUCCAUCCGGUGAUCGAUGGACUGAAUCGAUGCGGUCAUUUACCAGUCAAUGUGGGUGAAAACGCGACAUUAAUUUGUCGUCCGAACGACACUCGAAUCGGUUUGGAUAACCUGAUCUAUGGCUGGGAGCUGAGACAUCCUCUCGGACAACCACUGCCUCAUGUGAAUCUGCUUGCCAAAGCUGUCCGACAGGAAGGAAACAAGCUUCACUUGUAUCAGAUGAUGGACCCGGGUCUAUCGCUGCUUGGACGUUGUGUGAUAAUCCAAACCACCGGUCUGUGCUUGCGAUUCAGUAGCGCCUAUUUCUCUAUUGGACCACACGGCCCUGGAUGUGGACCAAAUGAUUCAGUGGUGAUACCCGAUAUCCCGGGCGAGACGCUUCCACCGACUAUAUCCUAUAACGUCCGAAUAAGUAUUGAAGGUCUGGACGAAAAUCGACGAGUUGUGGCCAAACCGGGAGACAAUAUCACUUUGAAAUGUAGUGCCAUGAAUGAUACAACGAAUGAACCAAUUCCAAAUAGUGCAAUCGGCUGGGCAUUUGUAAGCGACACCGGUGAACCCCUGAAUGCCGGACAACUGGCUGCCCGCUUUGAACAGACCGAGGAAAAUGAGUUACGUCUGUCUGGCCUUUAUCCAAAUCCGAAUGCACGAGGUCGUUGUGUGGUCUCAUUGGAACAACGAGUCACCUUGAGCUCUCCGUAUUUCACAUUUGAUGUUCGUGACGAGGGAAUAAAACCUUCGGAGAAAGUCAACCCAUCCUAUUCCGACAAACGCGUCCGAGUGGAAAUUAGCGGUCUGAAUGAACGAGGUCAGAUCAGCGUGAAUCGCGUCGGUGAUGACGCUUCACUCCGUUGUCAAGCGGUGGUCGCGGCCAGCAGCAAACCACUAUUACCCGGACAAGGUGCUCGUUACGGUUGGGAAUGGCGUUUUAUGGACGAGGACCCUGUGUCCACAACCAAUGUGGCUGUGGCGGUCGAGGCUAACGGUGAACGCCUCGGAUUGCGUGGAAUUCGUGCACCACCCGGAACAAAAGGUCGUAAUGUGAAAGGACGUUGUGUGGUUCACGUACCCGCCGAUCAGGUUGAUCCAUCUCUUUCCGCAGAUUCCUAUCUGGUCUACGGAUCCGAAUAUUUCACUGUGGACGUGGUGAAAAAGCCUACCACUUUGGAUCCGGAUGUGGUUCCUAUUCCUGGAAGACCAACUGACGGAAUCAAGGUCGUGGUUACCGGUUUGGAUGAUUCUGCAAAACUGAUCGGUUCCGAGGACGAGAGUGUGGCAGUAUCAUGUGAAGCAAGAAAUGCUACGACCAAUGAGCGGCUAUCGACCGAGGGCAUGCGAGCUGAAUACAACGUAUUCUACGGUUGGGAAUUCACAGACGCAACGGGACGUUCAAUUGACUCGAGUCUUUUCGCUGACAGUAUAACCACUGACUCUACUGGUAACCUGAGACUGCGUGGUCUUGCUGGACCGAAGCGAGGAAAUCUUCCAUUCAAAAUACGCUGUGUGGCUGUGGUUGAUAAACGACCCACCUCACCAGAUGCACCUGUAGGACCAGCGAAGUAUUAUAAUUCGGAAUACUUCGCAUUGGAAAUCACUCGCAAGGAUGGAACGUCGACAGCUGAUUCGAGACCCGGAGAGAUACCUCCUGAUAUCACUGGAGACAAAGUUCGACUACGCGUUGAAGGUUUACGUCCUGAUGGAACGCUAACGGCUCAACCCGGAGAAGAUAUAAAACUGCGAUGUGUUGCAGAGGAUUCCACAACUGGCGAGCAGCUGAAUGAUGUGGCUUUCGGUUGGGAAAUGCGCAGACAGUCUGGUGGAAUGCUGAACAUGGCAUUGCUUGCGAAUAAGAUGGUCCAAGAUGGGGCAGUGUUGAAUUUGUAUCAACUCAAACCAAUCGACGGGGAACAGGAACAAGCAAGCGGACGUUGUGUGGUCCAGAGAGAUGGACAAGUUUAUCGAUCGCCAUAUUUCCGCAUUAAAGUGAUUACGGUGCCAAAAGGUGCAGAAGUUGAAGGUGAUGGACGUGUCAACGUUAUUGUCAACGGAAUCGACAAAAAGCGAAUGCUUGCCAAGGUGGUGCCAAGAGAGACUCUGAAUCUCACAUGUACUGCAAGAGAUGCUGAAACAGGAGAAAUUCUACACAAUGUGAUUUACGGUUGGGACAUGCGUUUCAGACCCACGGCGGACGGACCGUAUCUAGACGGUACUCUCGGUCCAUUUGUGAACAAAGCUUCUGAAAAAGAGGCUGGUGUGCUAAUGAUUGAAGCAGCACCUCAAACUCCAUCAGAGGGUUCGGCCCAUUUGCGCUGUCGUGUGUUGAACGGAACUGUGGUGUACACCUCUCCAUUCUACCGUUUCGUGUUGAGUGAUGAAGAUGCGCCACCAGUAGCUCCAGAACCGUCACUUUAUCCCAAGUACCGCGUUCGUGUUAAUGGCCUGGACAACGAGGGGCAAUUAUCUGCACAACCUGGCAGUACGGUUGAACUGAACUGCAAGGCAUACGAUGCUAAGACUGGUAUUCCAGCCGAAGAUAUAACGUAUCAAUGGGAGCUCAAGCGCAUGGACGAUGAACCUGUUAGUACCACUGAAGUGGUCACGGACUCACUGAGUGCAACGGAUGGUACACUUCGGUUAGAAGGAUUGAAGCGAAAUCGUGGAACAGUAAAAGGUCGUUGUUUGGCUGUGGAUGAUGAUGGCUGGGAUGCAUCGCCUUACUUCACAUUUGACGUAUUUGCGAAGGACGAGACUGCAGAGGAUGCAGCAAAAGAAGUUCACGAACAGAUUGGUGAAAAUAGAGCUCAUACUGAUGAUGACAGAGUCAAGGUAACAGUUGAAGGACUGGAUUCGGAUGGAAAUUUCGUUGGCAAAAUCGGUAGCGAUUCGGAACUCAACUGCAAAGCUACGGUCAAGGACGGAGUACAAGGCGUCAUCUUAUCUCGUGGUUGGGAAUUCCUUGAUGGUCACGGAAACCCUGUGCCAGUCACAGUAUUGGCAGAUAACGUCAAGAUAUCGGAGAAAGAUGGUAUCCUCGAAUUGGGAAGUCUGCGCGCCUCGGACAAAGCCACAACCUUUACCAAAGGAAUAAAGGGUCGUUGUGUGGUCCGGGCAGAACUGAUCGAGACUGAGACCAGUCCAGAUGGCACAACAAAGGAGUCUGCCGAAAGAAUUCUGUACACUUCGGACAACUUUGGUAUUGCCGUGAAUGAGGGAGGAACAGCUGUGGACACACCGGGCGGAAAAGACGUGAAAGGAACAAAGACAAUUGUUUCAAUUGAAGGCCUCAACAAGAAGGGAACGCUUCAAGCCGAAACUGGAGAUAAUGUCCGACUUACCUGUGUGGCCAAAGAUUCGGAGACCGGAGAACCGGUACAUACGGCCACAUAUUCAUGGGAGAUUCGGGAUCGCAGAGGAAAAGUUGUACCGACGGAUCAGCUGGCACAGCGUGUCUAUCGUGAAGGUCAUCUCAUCACAUUUGUGCAUCUGAAACCGACAGACAAGUUACCCGGGGAUCAACAGCGUAUUGGAAGAUGUUUGGUAUACAACAGUGAAACAGAACACACCUAUCAGUCACCAUACUUCCAUGUGGAUGUCCGACGUCCUGCUCCGGAAGGUGUAAUUGAUCCUGCGCACCCGAUAGAAGUGAUUGUGAAAGGAAUUCCGGAAGAUGGAGUACUCACUGCUAAAGAGGGAGACAAUGUGGAACUUGAAUGUGAAGCCCGUGACAAGUCGAACCAAGACAUAAUACCACAACGUGAAGCAAUUUACCACUUCCAAUUCACCGAAGCUGCUCCAGAUAGUGAGGAUGUUUACGGUGGUCAUAUCGCGGACGAGGUAAAACAGGAACCACAACCAAACGGUGGUAGCAAACUGACUUUGAAGGGUGUCAAGGCGGACACAUGGUAUCAGGGACGUUGCAUAGUAUUACAUGUGCCUGGUGGUCAAUCGAUCGAGGGAGUGACCACAAAUGACACGAUACCGAAACGAUACGUUUCCAAGUACUUCUGGUCUGGCGUGACCAAACCGGAUAAGGCUCCUGCAAAACCGGAAGAGCUGAAAGAACAACGCGUGGUGAUUGGAAGAUUCACACACGAUCCGAAGGUUCUUGUUAAGAUUAAUGGUACCGGUCCAAACGAUAUUAUACCGUCUGUUCCCGGAAGUGAUGUGAACUUACGAUGCUAUGCCAUUGAUGUUCCAAGUGGCAAGCCGAUUGAAGGACUCAAGUAUUCUUGGGAGGUGCGCUCUCCAGACAAUAUGCCCCUGGACAGUCAGUUGCUUUCAGGUCACAUUGAGACGGGAGACUUUCUAUCAGAGGACGGUGGCGAAUUGCGAGUGGUUGGUUAUCGGUCCACUGGAGAUGGUGUUAAGGUACGCUGUGUAGCUACCGGAACCGAUACUGCACCUGUGGAGAAGCAUCGUGGGGCAGCUUAUGCUUCACCCAUCUACACAUUCGAGACAGCCAAGGAGGUGGAGGUACCUGCGGAACCGCCGAAGGAGGUCAAACGACUUUAUGAUCCUGACACUCUGGAGCUGGAAGUAAGCGGCCUGAAUCAAGAUGGUACUUUGUCCAAGAAAGAAGGUGAAGAUGUGACGCUGAACUGCAAAGUUAUUGAUACAACCACUGGUAUCCCGAUUGAGAACGAGGAAUUCGAUAUUGGUUGGACUCUCGGUACCGGUCCGGAUGCUCGUCCAAUACCGCUUAAUAACCUGGCCCAAACGGUGAUCAUCAAUAAGGGCGAGCUCGUGUUGCACGGACUACGGCGCACACCACCGGGAACCGGCGGUUUGCGUAGUCACUGUACAGUACGUCUGACAGAGGAGCAGUUGUCUAGACCAGAUGAGUAUCCUGAGACACCGGUCGUUUUGAACUCGGAUGCAUUUGUCAUUCAUGUGGAACAACCGGACGAUGUGAAAGAGGCGGUGAAACCAGAUGAAACAAAAGAUACUCCUUAUAUCAACUGGAUACCGGGAAAAAAACCAAGGGAUGCGGUCAUUGUCAAGGUGCACAAUUUGGAUUCUGAAAAUGUAGUUCGUGUCGAUCCUGGAUCUGAUCUGAAACUCUCUUGUAUGGCUCUCGAUGCUGUCAGUCUCAAACGAAUUGUUCCCAGUGCUGAAAUUACUCCAUUAUUCAGCUGGGAAUUACGUAAUCAACCUGGAGGCCAAAUGUUAGAUUAUAACCAACUGAGUAACGGUGAGAUUGUGAUCACGCAACCAGCUCUGCAUGCCUCGGGCGAGGAGAUCGGUGUGAGUGAACUGAAAUUGACUACCGUGAGGCGUCCUGGUCCAAUGGGAAAAGCAGUUUCCGGCCGCUGUACCGUUCGCCUGGGUGAACAAGUUUUCCGAUCACCUUAUUUCCACAUUGUGCUAGAAAGCACACGUGAAAUGGAAGAUUAUCAGACAUCGCCUACAGGCUAUUGGGCGACUGACGGCGCCGUUGAANUCGAUGGGUUGGAUGCAGACGGUAAUAAACGAGCCGAAGAGGAUUCAAAUGCACAGUUGGACUGUGAAGCGAGAGGUUCGUUUGAAAAUGCACUGUUCCUUGGCAUAUUUUCCUAA